AUGAAGGUUGUCGGAUCUACAUGCGCCCUGAAGACCAAGGUCGGCGGCGAGGACGUGGUGCGCUGUCUCUCUGACCAAAGCCUGAGCAUUUCCAAAUGCAAGAUCCCGCUGCUGGACGAGCAGAUGACCAUGUUUCUGCAGGACAUGAACAAUUGUUACAGCAAACUAAAGGAGCUGGUUCCUACGCUGCCCACCAACAAGAAGGCCAGCAAAGUCGAAAUCCUCCAGCACGUCAUUGAUUACAUCUGGGACCUGCAGGUCGAGCUGGACGAGCCCGAGAGGAGCCGUCAGCACUCGGCGAACGGUGUUCCACGCACGCCCCUGACCACUCUGAACGCGGAACUGGCGAGCAUCGCAGUGGAGGUAAAUGUUGUUCUGUGCCUGCGCUGA